UCCAGUCGGGAGUUUUGCGUUUUUUGUUUUUUAUUUUUUGCGAAACCACCGCGAACAAACAGAAGGACGUACAGACAGGAGGUCUGCCACAGCUGCAGCCCACAGGAAAGUCCGUGGAGGAGGAAACAGAUCAGCCUCCUUCUACAGGGAGCUGGGCCUUCUUCAUCAUCAUCAUCGUCGUCGUCGUCAGCAGCAGACUGCAGUCAUGGCCGGAGCUCUGAGGAUGUCUGAAUCUCAGCUCAUCAACCUCCUUGACAAUGAUUUACAGCUCAAUUUGAUGCCAUAUGACUACAUUCCUCCUGUUGACAUAAAGACUGAGCCCUACAUACCUGAGACAGCUCACGGUCCUUACAUUCAGAUCAUUGAGGAACCCAAACAGAGGGGUUUUCGUUUCCGUUAUGAAUGUGAAGGUCCAUCCCAUGGUGGGCUCCCAGGGGCCUCAAGUGAGAAGAACAGGAGAACGUACCCAACCGUGAAGAUCAAUAAUUACGUGGGUCAUGCCCGGGUGGAGGUCCAGCUGGUCACUCAUACUGACCCCCCCCGCGUCCACGCCCACAGCCUGGUGGGACGCCACUGCACUGAGAAGGGCACCUGCACGCUGGACAUCGGCCCCAACGACCUCACCGCCUCAUUCAGUAACCUGGGCAUCCUCCACGUGACUAAGAAAGGUGUGAUCGAGAUUCUGUGCAGGAGGUUGAGAGAUGAGAAGAAGAGGCAGAAAGGAGGAGCCCAUUGUCAGCUGACAGAGCCUGAGGAAGUGGCCUGUCUGAAGGAGGCCAAAGAGCUGGGCAGGGUGAUGGACCUGAACAUUGUCAGGCUGAAGUUCACCGCCUACCUCCAGGACAGCAACGGAGGAUUCACCAGAGCACUGAAACCCGUCGUCUCCAACCCCAUCUACGACAGCAAGUCACCAAACGCCUCCAACCUGAAAAUCACUCGCAUGGAUAAAAGCUGCGGCUCAGUGCUCGGAGGAGACGAGAUCUUCCUGCUCUGUGACAAAGUCCAGAAAGAUGACAUAGAGAUCCGUUUUUAUGAAGAGGAAGAUGAGGGAGGCUGGGAGGCAUUCGGUGACUUUUCACCCACUGAUGUUCACAAACAGUACGCCAUUGUGUUCAAAACGCCGCCGUACCACUGCACAGAGAUCGAACGGCCCGUGAGUGUUUACCUGCAGCUGAAGAGGAAGAAGGCCGGCGACAGAAGUGACCCCAAACAGUUCACCUACAUCCCACAGCCCAUAGACAAAGAGGAGGUCCUCAGGAAGAAGCAGAAGCCGCUGCCUCACUUUGAAGACUGGAGAGAUGGACGGGGUCCAGGUCGACAGUCUUUUGGGGGAGGGGGCAGUCGAGGAGGAGGAGGAGGAGGAGGAGGAUUCACGUUCAACAUGUUUAAUGGAGGAGGAGGAACAGGAUCAAGUUUCUUCUCGGGAGGAUUCAGUGGCUUUGGUGGGGCGUCACAGAUAUCAGGUUCUACCCCACAGUCUACAGAUGUCGAGCAGCCAAUGACAGAACAGACUGGUGGACAGACUGGUGGACAGACUGGUGGACAGACUGGUGGACAGACUGGUGGACAGACUGGUUCACCAUUACAGCAACAGCUUAUUCAGAUUGCUGCCACCCUUCACAACAGGGCCUCUCAGAGUUCCAGGCAAACUGCUGCUGCCCUGCUGCAGUAUUGCAGCACUGGGGAUGCCCGGGUCCUUCUGGCGAUCCAGAGACACCUCUGUGGCAUCCAGGACAGCAAUGGAGACACUCCUUUGCAUCUUGCCAUCAUCCAUCAGCAGACUGGUGUUAUCCAGCAGCUGAUUCACACUCUGCUCAACAGCCAGCAGCAAAACAUUCUCAACACACCCAACCACCUCCAACAGACUCCGCUCCACCUGGCGGUGACCACCCGACAGGUAAAGGUGGUAGAGGUGCUGCUGAGGGCAGGGGCCAACCCCAGCCUUCUGGACAAAGAUGGACGCAGCCCCCUCCACCUGGCUGCUUUGGCUGGAGACAGCGCUACGCUCCGCCCCCUGCUGGCUCACCUGGGAGAACGCCACGCCCACCUGGUCAACACAGCAGAUUUCCACGGUCUUCAGCCUCUCCACCUGGCUGUGAGGAGAGAUGGCGAGCGCUGCUUGCGUCUACUGGUGGAAUGUGGAGCCAAAAUCAAUGCACCUGAGCAGAAGAGUGGAAGCACCGCCCUCCACCUGGCUAUCAGAGAAAACCUGUUCAAAGUGGCCUGCACUCUGAUCACAGAUCUGAAGGCCGACGUUAACGCCUGCACGUAUGGAGGAAACACGCCCCUUCACCUGGCCGCCAGCCUGGGCUCACCUACGCUCUGCUCCAUGCUGGUCGCUGCAGGAGCUGAUAAAAACAUGGAGAACGAUGAGCCCCUCUUCUUCAGCUCCUCCUCAGAUGAAGAAGAGAGCGAUGGUGAGGCACUGAAAGAGGACACAGAAGCGGUGUCACAGCCACUCAACCCCCGCAAGAGACGUGCAGCAGGACACACCCCCCUCGACCUGGCUAAGUGCCAAAAGGUGAGGAACCUGUUAAACUCCAGACAGUGUUCAACAUCCAGUCGUCAUAGCAGCAAGAAGAUCAGACCAAGCAGCAGCGAAGAGGUGGAAAGUUCACGCCUGGAUGAGGACACUCUAACCCGCCUGGUGGAGGUUCUCAGCAUCAAAGGCGUCCCGUGGAAGAAACUGGCUGAGAAGCUGGGUAUGAUGACGCUGACUCACCUGUAUGAAGACAGCCCCGUCCCCUGCCAGCACCUGCUGCAGCACUACAAGUUGGGUGGAGGUCCGGUCGAUGGUUUGGUCGACGCCCUCCAGUCUCUGGGUUUGACUGAUGGAGUGAGGCUGCUCAGAAACACAGAGCUGCGAGACGACAAACACAGCACAGAUGCUACGGUGGACAGCGGCUUCGGGAGCCAGCCAAUGGAAGACGAGGAGCCGCCCGUGGCCAAUCAGUGAGGACAUGCGGUCACAUGUGAGCAGCUUCAGGAACCUCCUUUACCCAGAACCAUCAGUAGAACUGGAGAACCUGCUGUGUCUCAGAUUCAGCAGAAACAGAAUUUACUCAAAUGUUGUUCAGCUGAACAGAUGAAUGCUGCGUUCCAUCCCAACACCACAGUAGCCUGUGGACGUCAUCAAAGUACAGAAUGAGAAGAAUGGAAGUACACUGAACACAGUUUCAUAGUGAGGCUGUGUCAGAUCAUUUUUUCCCAAUUGUUCUUUUGUGUUUAAUUUCAGUAAGUUAUAUUUUUGGUGUAUUUUUGUUCAAAUGUUUUGUUUAAAUUCAGUUUUUUUGUGAGGUGAGGCUUUGGUGACAUCCUUUCAUAGCCUGAUGUGUUGAAAAUGACCCAGAAUCUGUUCAACAGUCUGGGCAGAUGUGGUUGUAUUUUUCUGAGGAUUUAGCCGUAAAUUUGUUGAUGUGUGUUUACUACCUUGUUCAAACCAGCUUGUAAUUUCUCGUUUCCUAUUUUUUCUUAAUUGGGUCUGGAACGCAGAACGAGUCCCCAAGAGGUUUGAGCGCCUGGUCUGUAAUGACUCCUCUGCCUCUUUCAGCUUUCACUGCAAUAAAACUCAAGUUAGUAUGGAAGCCCAUUACUGCCAGAAACGAGCAAUAAACACAAACCCAAAUCAAACAGCUCAUAGAGGAAAGUCCAAAUAAUGACUUUCUUUGGGUCAGAUCAGUCAAAUAUCGAACGACAGUGUAGAGUUACAAUCCUGAGAGUGAACAAUCUGAUACAAUAAAAUGAAUCCUCCUACUAUAAUGGACGUUCUGUGUCUGACGUGUCCCGAUGUUGCACCACGGGAGGGUGUACGGGUGCAAUGCCGCUGUUGCACCAUGGGAGGGCACUAUCGUACAAUAGCACCGCAGGUACAAUGCCGCUAGUACAUUUUAAGUUAAAGUUAAAGAUUUUAAUUUGAUUUAUCUUGCUUUUUAUUCCUUUAUUCCUUUCCUAUUUCCUUUUUUAUUCCUUUCCUACUUCCUUCUAAAAUAAAUUAAAAAAUAAAGCAAAAUUAUUUAAAGGCAAAAUUUCUGGACAUAAGAAAAUAAUAAGCAUUGUCAUAAUCUCAUAGUCUCAUAAAUAUUUCUUAAAUCAAAUUGAUGGUUUUCUGGCAGUAAUAGGCUUCUGUGUCCUAUUAAAAAAGUAUAAAUCAAUCGAUCAAAUGUUAUUUAUAUAGUGCUAAAUAACAAAAGUUCUCUCAUGACACUUUACAAACAGAGCUGGUCUAAACCAGACCCAAGCCAAUUUACAGAAACCCAACAGAAUCCUCCAGGAGCAAACAC